AUGGGGUCAUCACAAGUCCCUGUGUACUGUUUUCAUGCAGACAUCCAAUCCGGCGGCUGGCGCUAUGAGGAAAGCGGGGUGCUUUGUUUCCUGUGGUAUAUGGAAAGCAAUCUUUGUUUUUUUUUCUGCGUCGUUUUUCCCUGUUCUUUAAUUCACUUUAUUUGUCUUACCUUUGUGGUGUGCGGCAUCCUCUUCCUGCCACUCGGGGAGGCUUCUUUACAAAACGGAUUUGGUAUUAUUAUUGUUUUGGUUGGGUUGAAACAAGACAUGUCGAGUACGAAUCCAAUACGGUCACCGACCUUGCAGUCUAACAACAAGAUGAAAAAGGAGGAGUCGUUCCUGGGCAAGCUGGGAGGCACCUUAGUGAGGAAGAAAAAAUACAAAGAAGUGAGCGACCUGCGCGAAGAGGGGAAGAAUGCCAUCAACUCUCCUCUCCAGCCCUCCAGCAUAGACAUCCACCCAGAAGACACCAUGCUCGAAGAGAACGCAGAAAGAAGUAUGAUUGACCCCACCUCAAAAGAAGAUCCCAAGUUUAAAGAACUGCUUCGGGUUUUGAUUGACUGGAUUAAUAACGAGCUGGAGGAAGACAGAAUCAUCGUGAAGGACCUGGAGGAGGAUCUGUACGAUGGGCAGGUGUUGCAGAAGCUGUUUGAGAAGCUCUCUGGGUGCAGGCUGAAUGUAGCUGAAGUGACCCAGUCGGAAAUCGGUCAGAAGCAGAAGCUGCAAACGGUUCUGGAGGCUGUGAACGAGCUGCUGCGUCCCAACGGCUGGUGCAUCGAGUGGAGCGUGGAUUCUAUCCACUGUAAAAACCUGAUCUCUAUUGUGUACCUCCUGGUGGGUCUGGCCAUGCAUUUCCAGGCUCCCAUCCGACUCCCAGAGCAUGUGUCUGUGCAGCUGGUCGUUGUGAAGAAGAGAGAAGGCCUGCUUCAGUCAUCGCAUGUCACCAAGGAGCUCACCACCACUACAGAGAUGAUGCUGGGGAGAUUUGAAAGAGAUGCUUUUGAUACUCUGCUGGACCAUGCUCCUGAUAAACUCAGCGUUGUUAAAAAGUCUCUUAUUACCUUUGUGAACAAGCACCUAAACAAACUGAACCUGGAGGUGACUGAGCUGGAGACACAGUUUGCAGAUGGGGUGUACCUGGUUUUGCUGAUGGGAUUGCUGGAGGAUUACUUUGUUCCCCUGCACAACUUCUUUUUGACCCCGGAGAGUUUUGAGCAGAAGGUUCUUAAUGUUUCCUUUGCCUUUGAGCUGAUGCAGGAUGGAGGGCUGAAGAAACCUAAAGCACGCCCUGAAGACGUUGUCAAUUUGAAUCUCAAGUCCACCCUGAGGGUUUUGUAUAACCUGUUCACAAACUACAAAAAUGCGGAAUAACCACUGGAGGGCGCUGUGUACAGCUACAAUACAACUCUCAGGAAGACCAGCCAUCACCUCAGUACUGCUAAUGGAGACAGGAGCAAAGCCACACUGGAAUGAAGUUUGAAUGAAGGAGCAGACUCAUUUUUAGAUCUUCAGUUUAAAUUAGUAGACUCUCUCUCUCUCUCUCUCUCUCUCUCUCUCUCUCUCUCUCUGACGGGUCUGCUAUAUCCUGGCACAGUCAUGCAAGCAUGCUCGGACACGAGUUGUACUGUAGUUUGUACUAUAUCUUCUCCUUUUUGUACCUUCUCUAUGCAGUUGCCUUGGUUUUAUUGAUGCAAAGGUGUUUUUGUUGAAAGGAGAGUGCUGGAAAUGAACUAUAAUGUUCCUGUUUUUUGUGUUCAUUUUUAGUUUCUUUGUGUUGCACCACUGAAGUGUGCUCAUAAGCUUUAGUGAGACAGGAGACUAAACAUUUGUUUUGUUGCUACAUUUAAAACAGGUGCCUUUUCACUAACUCUGCUGCUAUAAUUGCCUCUUUUAGUUACUACACGUAAGAGAAUAUGCAGGACUUGCUUUUGUAAUGUUAACUGUGUGAGACUAAUAACUUUAUUUCAGUUAUGAUGAAACUGAAAUUUUGCGGCGUAAAAUAAUUUAUCAAACGUAAUUCAAAAAGCAGUAUUAAAUUGCAGUAUUUAUUUAAGGAGUGUAAUAAUGUGGUAGAUUUUAAAAUGCAAGUGUGUGAGAAACAUUAAACCAGGUGUAGCAUAUACAGUACUGUAAGCACUGUGCUCUUGUGCUAUUCGUAUGUAUUAAUCAAACGCACAUUUAAAGUGCAGUUUGUCCUGUUCAUUACAACAUUUGCUUACUUGUAAGAUGUCUAGUCAGCAUUUCUCUGGUAUACACUGUAUGAGGAUUGCCCAUGUGCUUCAACACAUAAUCCAGGUUCUUUUAAAUUGUGCAUGAAGCCCAUACUGUGAAGUGGAUUGGGUUGUUGGUUGCAGCAUUUAAGUUAUUGGAUGUUUUGUUGAUUAGAAGAAAUGUUGGGUCACUUAUGAAACCACUUUAUUAAUUUGAAAUGGAAUCCUUGCUUGAAUUAUGCUGGAUAUUUAUGGAUGUUGAAAGGUUAUAAAACCCCUAAUGAAAGUUUUUAAUAAUAUUACCUUUUUUUUUGUAUGUUCAUCUCAAGCCUUGAUUUGCAAUAGUAAUUCCCAAGAGAAUGUCAGGUUUAUGGUCCAGUUGCAAGCUUUUCUAGAUAGACUAUUUGAUCAUGUGUAGUUUGCUCUGUUUGUCCAAAUGCUGAUUGCUUUUAAUGAGUGUAUGGCCUGAUGAAUUUCCUGUCCAUGCAAUAUCUUCUGCUUCAGUAACCUGUCUUUCAUUUACUAUACUGGUUUUGAUCAGGUAUGGCGUGCCAAGUUACACCUCCAAGUUUUGAAAAAAAAACAAAAAACAAAAAACAAAACAGGGAUGGAAGUAAGACUCCCAUUGGACAGCAGCUGGAUGCAUUCCACGUUCAACUGUGAGUUUAAUAAGACACACCUGAGCCUGUUACCUGUACCCCGUGGCUCGUCAAGCUCGUGGUAAAAUCUGCGAAGGGUGAAACUGCUGUGCACUAGGAGUAUUAUUUCUAUCCCUGCAAUACAAAUGUUUGUGUUCAGAAGGCUUGAUUUAUAGUUCUGAAACUGUUAUGCUGCCAACAACACUGGCUAUUUAUAUGUCUAAAUGACCAUUUUACCAAAAUAUAUCCGACAGAGCCAUAUGUACAGAGGAUUCCAAUGCAUGCUUGCCUUAAUACAUUAUUUAAAACAUGCUGGCAGAUCUGCUGCCAGAGUACGAAAAAAGAAUGUGUAAACUGAGUGGCUUGUGACUACUGUAGUGUGUGUGUGUUCUAAUAAAAAGAUCUUUUGAAACCAA